AUGCUUCUCCUCCCAGCCGCUGCUCUGUGCUGCCUGUGUUCAGCGCUGGUUGCCAUGGCAGCAGAGCUGACUCAGGACCAGUUGUCUUUGACCAGGAGAGUUGAUGAACAGGCCUCGUUCAGCUGUGGAACUGAUCAGUGUAACUGGAUCAGGUGGUUUCAGAAGAAAGACACAGGAACGUUCAGACUGAUUCUUACUAUUGAUACAAGUGAUGGUCAAAUUCGUAAGCGUUACAAUCAUCCUCAGGAAGACGACUUCACAGCUGAGAUUAAACAGAACAGCUGUGAGUUGAAGAUAGAGAAAGUUAAACGCUCUCAUGCAGCCACGUACUAUUGCGCCUGUUGGGGGUCUGGAACCCACAUCUCUUUCACUGUGUACUUCCUCAUCUUCGGCUCAGGAACCAAACUGUUCGUAGAUGAUCGGCCGCUGGUGACCCCGGUGGUGAGCGUGUACCCGGCAGCUUCCAUCGCCGCCCUGGACGGGAAGAGCUCCCUGCUGUGUGUGGCCUCCAACAUGGUUCCUCCUCUGGUCCAGUUCUCCUGGACAAGACAGAGGGAGGGUGGUCCUCUGGAGACGCUGUCCUCUGCUGAUGGAGAGCAGCUGGAGCUCAGAGGGACAGGACGCACCGCCGCCAUCAUGGUGGUCGACCGGCACGCUUCCUACACAUACAACUACAUCUGCAGCGUCCGGCAUGAGGGAGGCACAGUGGAGGCCCCGGCAGAGCAAGUGGUUUGUGCUAAUCCAGCACCGACGACUCAAGCACCGACGACUCAAAUACCGACGACUCAACCGCCUCCAGUGGCCGUGGCCUGGUCUCAGCGGCAGGUGAAGCUGCUGUGUCUGCUCUACACGCUGCUGAUGGUGAAGAGUCUGGUUUACUGCGGUGGACUCGCUCUGAUCCACAUCCUGAGGAACCGGGAGCGUCCAGCCGCUGCUCACCAGACGACCGAGUUUCCUGCAGCAGCUUCAACUUCUCACUGAUCCUGUUCACUUCACUCUGCUUCUCUUCUCACUGCAAACACUCGUCUGAACUGUAACUUUGCAAAGUA